AUGCACAAUGUGCUUACCUUUCACAAAAACGAGGAAGUUAAUAUCGCGAGAUUUUGGGAAAUCAAGGAUAUUGGAGAGAAAGAUGGUCUAUUACACGAAAAGGCGGAAACCUACGGACAACAUUCCAUUUCAUUUGAAAACGGACGUUAUUCAGCUAAACUUUCCUGGAAAGACAGCUGCGCAGAACUACCGACAAACGAAGAAAUCGUUAGACAACGGACCAAAAACGUCAUCAAAAGAUUAGCAAGUGAUGGUGAUAUGUUGGACAUUUACAGCAAAAUAAUACAGGAACAAGAACCCCGCGGUUUCAUCGAGAAAGUCGACAUUAGCGAAGAUACCAAUUCAACCAGGAAACACUAUAUUCCUCAUCACCCAGUAGCCAAAGAUUCGUCGACUACUCCAAUACGCAUCGUAUAUGAUUGUAGUUGUCGCAUGAACGGGAAAAGCCCCAGUUUAAAUGAUUGUCUCGACAUCACCGCACCAGAUCUAAACAACUUGACAGGAAUUCUAUUCCGCUUCAGAGCAAAACAGUACGCCUUUACGACCGACAUUAAAAAGGCUUUCUUACAAAUAAAUCUGGACAAGUCCGACCGCAAUGUCACCAGAUUUUUCUGGCUAAGUAAUCCACAAGACCCUACCAGUGCGCUCAUUGUAUACAGAUUUAAAGUAGUUCUUUUUGGUGCUACGUGUUCUCCCUUCAUACUUGGAACAACGUUACUUAAACAUUUUGACAGAAACCCGUGUGAAACAUCGACGGAACUGUUAGAGUUACUUUAUGUCGAUAAUGUACUUACAAGCUUCCCAGACCAAUCUACUUUGUUGAAGUUUUACAAAGAUUCUAGAGUCUUAUUACAAAAUGGUGGAUUUAAUCUACGAUCUUGGAACUCCAACAACCAUACUCUGCGUGAGUUAGCAAAAGAAGAAAAUGUCCUUGACACUGAUAAACAGAUCAAAAUUCUUGGAAUGCGAUGGGAUUGCGAGACAGAUUACCUGAAGUUUCCACAACUUAAACUUAAAACGUAUCCAGAAGGAGAAAAUGGAGAAAUUACUAAGAGAGAAGUUCUACGGGAUUCGUCCAAGAUAUUUGACCCACUCGGACUGUUCAGGCCGGUUACAGUAAGAGCGAAGAUAUUUAUGCAGGAUAUUUGGAAACUGGAAUGUAGCUGGGAUCAAUGUUCACCACACGAAUUCCAAGAAAAUUGGAAAUCACUUGCACUCGACCUACAAGAAUGUACAAAUAUUGAGAUUCAGCGAUACCUUCACACUGACUCAAAGGAAAGUCGGGCACUCCACGUAUUUACUGAUGCAAGUCAGCGCGCUUAUGGAGCUUGUGCUUAUCUCGUCACCAAAGACACAUCUUGUCUUGUUAUGGCUAAGAACAGGGUAGCACCUAUAAAAUCUCAAACAUUGCCACGUCUUGAAUUAAUGGGUGCAGUAAUCGGCGCAAAGAUAGCCAACCAUCUGAAAACAGUAUUAAAUGUGCAAACUGUAACAUUUUGGUGUGACAGUCAGAUCGUUCUGUCUUGGUUAACAUCAUUAAAGGAUUUGAAACCAUUUGUCAGAAAGCGUGUAAAGGAAUUCACGGAUUUAACAGAAGGUAGUGUUUGGAAAUACUGUCCUACAAAGUCAAACCCCGCGGAUUGUCUCACACGUGGAGAAACAGCGGAAAAAUUCUUGAGUAACAAAUUAUGGAUGAAUGGCCCCAAGUGGAUACACGAUGAAAGUGCUUGCCCAAUUUGGAACCGAUCUACAGAUACAAGUUCAUCAGCUGUACUGAAGGUGGAUUGUGAAUUAAGUACCACAGACACCUGCACAGAAUCAGUGAAAACAACGGAAAACACUACAGUUGACGCUUCGAGAUUUUCUUCAUAUAGCAGAUUACUCCGUGCAACGGCCUACGUACUUAGAUUUAUUGAAAAUUGUAAAACUUCAAAGACACAGAGGAAAACAAGCGUACUUACAGCAAAAGAGCUUUAUAACGCUAAUGUGAUAAUUUUAAAAGAAACACAGCGCGAUGUAUUCAAGGAGGAAAUCAACAAUCUGUCAAACCAAAAUUCAAAGAGAACUGCUAUCACAAAGCAAUUAGGACUGUAUCUGGACAACGAAGGGCUUCUCCGAUGUAGAGGACGUAUUCAUAAUUCAUCGCUUGACACGGAAACGAAAUUUCCCGUCCUUCUACCAAAGAAACACCUAGUGACGAGGUUGAUCAUCCUAAAUUCCCAUGAAAGUGUUCUACACGCUGGAGUGAAUUCCACAACUGUCAACAUACAGCAGAAAUACUGGAUUCCACAUAUUCGCCAAUGUGUAAAAGGAAUUUUGAGAAAAUGCGUGAAAUGCAAAAACAUUACUGGAAAAUCUUUUCCAGCGCCAGAUCCUCCGCCGUUACCUAAAGACAUACUUCGAGAAGAACCUCCGUUUACUGUGACAGGAAUUGAUUUCGCAGGACCUCUCUUCGUAAAGGAAGUUAACAAGUCUCCAAGAAAGGUAUACAUUUGCCUAUUUACGUGUGCCGUUACAAGAGCCGUUCACAUUGAGUUAGUGGAGGAUAUGUCAGAGGAGACAUUCAUUAGAGCAUUUCGGAGAUUUGUUGGUCGCAGAUCAUUGCCAAAAAUUGUUAUUUCUGAUAAUGCAUCUACGUUCAAGGCAGCAGCAUCAGAUAUAGACAAUAUUCUUCACUCCACUAAAGUUCAGAAUAAGUUUUCAUCUUUAGGUACAGUUUGGAAAUUCAUUCUAUCUAGAGCUCCCUGGUAUGGUGGAUGGUGGGAACGCAUUAUUGGCAUGAUAAAAUCUACAAUCAAAAAGGUAUUAGGAAAAGCUCAAGUCACAUCAUCGGAACUCAAUACCUUAUUAACAUAA